UGUGACUACUUCGGGUCCAGCUCUAAGCGCUGACUCUGGAUCGGUUUCGACUGCUUAUUUCAUCAUUCUUGCGACAAGGAUUACUGUUGAACAUAUCGAUCAUAGAUCGACCAGGAUAUUCCCGGAAGAGUUACGCCCACCGGUCGCUGGUUAACUAGCGUGAGCAAGUGAUGUUCAGGACUGUAACUUUUCGUCCAAACCUUGCCGUUUUGCCUUUGAGAAGGUUUAUGAAUAACAAACGAACUACAAUGAACGAUGACAAAAGUGAAAAUAGGUCGAUUCAUUCCGACAACAUUGAAGAAAUCCAUAACGUACCAAUGAAUGUCAUCAUUCGUCCAAUUCCUCCCGUGCUCGAUGAACAGAAGGUUCAGAGCCUAAUGGAUACUAUAAAGGACCCUGCUGACGUCAGCAGUGUGCCCCCCAUUGAUGUUCUUUGGAUAACGGGGGGAAAGGGCGGUAAUUACUUCUACUCUUUUGGAGGAUGCCACCGGUUUGCGGCCUACCAGAGGCUGAAAAUGGACACGAUCCCGGCAAAAAUAAUCAAGUCGAACAUUUCAGACCUGCGGACGUAUUUAGGCGCCUCAACUCCCGAUUUGCAGUGACUGAAAUGUCAAUGGUGGUGAAACUAGAGGGGAACGGGCCCUGAAAAGGACGUUUGCGAGAAUGAGUUGUCACCGGUGUAACUGAUGUCACUCUUGGAGAAGCGUUUCGAGGAAGAGACAGGACUAAGAAAUAGAGAAGGUCAUGAAAUACAAUAAAUAAAGUCAGAGGAAUCCCAAGCACACCACAGAAAGCUCUGAAAGUAUUAGUAUUUUAAUAUGCUGGCACUCAGACUAGAGGAUCUGGUUUACCGUUUUUAGAUUAAAGUCCUUUUGACUAGCAUUUAGGUUGGUUAGGGCCCUCCGUGUCCAGUUAACCAUGAUCUAUUUGUGCCUGCAACCUAAACAAUGACCAGCAGGUGGGGCACUCACUCUAUGUUCGUUGAUAAUGAGCUCAAGUGAUACAACUAUAAAUGCUGUUUAGAGAUCUUGUUACCUUGUACCGUAAUAUCCUUUAUAAUCGUUUGUAUAUGACUGUAAUUAAAGGCGUUUUUAUUCAAUACUGAUUCAUCUGGAUGUCUGAUAGGAUAUAACUAAAAUUGGAUAUAGUGAUGGGUAACCAAUGAUGUAACCCAACUCUAACUGGAAUAUGAAUUGAAGCGUGGGCUCAUUUUCUGUGAUAUUCUCUGUGGCACUGAAUGAAAUUGUACUUUAAACAGUUCAACCAUCCAGAAGAUGUUAAAUCUAUUAGGGACAUGUGAAAAAUGAGAAAAGUAAUUUUCUGAGACACUGACACUCCAGAAAAAAACGUGUUUUCAAGCUCAGCAGCAAAACCUGGAAAGUGAAAAGCACAGCAGAAGCACAGAUGUAAACAUAUUACAUAAAAAGGCUCAUUCAUCUGUUCAUUCAGUAGUAUUUGUUUUACAUUACACAGAUUAAAAUUGACCCUUGUUUUAAAAAUAAAUUGUACUCAUGAU